GCAGCUGCGUCUUUUUAUGGAAUUUGCAGUCGGUGGGGAGACCGGGUGUUUUGAGGCUGGGACGCAGUAUAUAAGGAAGACUGGCGGUGCAUUCGGUUACUGUUUAACAACGGUCACUUAGAAAACCCUCCAAACAAUUCACCCCUGACAACAACAAUCGGAACAUCCCCCUAGAAUACCCAGGUUUCAGCCCAUAUAUAUUUUUAAAGCAACAUAAAGCCUCCCAAGAUGAUGAUGAUGCAAAUGAACAGCGAGUGCAUUAACCCCAAGCACUCCCUCCUCAAUGUCAUGAACAAGUUCAUCGCCGCCACCAACAACAUGGACGAAACAGUCAUGGUUCCCAGCCUCCUGCGGGACGUGCCUCUGGAAGAGGAAGACCCCAAACUCAACAACAACAUCAUCUGCCCCAGCAAGCAGGGCGACAUGUACGAGCACUACCUGCUGCUGAAAUCCAUCAAGAGCGACAUGGAGUGGGGGCUGCUCCGCAGAGAGAUGAACGGGGGAGCCGGCUUCCUGGAGAUGGCUGUCAAAAGCGGGGAAGAGAAUUCUGCUGAAGACGGAGCUGAUCUGGAGCAGCAAUUCCAUUACCACCUGCGGGGGAUCUUCGGGGUGCUCUCCAAACUGACUGUCAUGGCCAAUCGCUGCACUAACCGCUACAAGCGUGAGAUCGGAGGCAGCGGUUGCAUGGCUUAGCGGGACAGGAGGCUGGCUGGCUCUCAAAAGGACUUUGCUUCUUUGCACGAGUGGUGAGGCUGAUGGCGCACUGACGAAAGAAUCGCUUUCCAAGGGUGAUAGUUGAUGUGGUGUGAGGGGAAGCUUGUCUCGAUGUUCAGCCCACUCCCAUAAGCACCGUAAACUGCACUCCUACCCACGAAUACAUUCCCGGUCUGAAACCAGACCGGCGCAGCAAUGGACCUGCAGGAUUCUUUUUCUGCAUACCCGUAUAAAAUAUGCUGUAGUACUACCCACAAUCUUAAAGGCUGUUUAGUACUCUGGUGUAUUUCAAAUGGGCAGCUUGAACUGGUAUGGUUUUGUUAAAUUUAUCCAAUCAAAUUAAUAAAUAAAUGACCCCAAAAAACAUAAUUCCAUA